CUACGGGUCAGAGCAGUCUUUUAUUGAGGCCAGGAGAGAGCGGCGCGUUUGGAAGUGCCGCCAACCAUCAGCAGCUACUCGAGAAAGAGUUGUCUACUACAGGCGGCAAAGAUCACUGGGUUGAUGGCGACUAUUUUGAGGACUUGAGCAUUGCACAAAUGAUCAAGGACUGCCGCGACGUACAGAAAGACAUCGCAAGGCCCUUAGACUUAUACGAGGAAGCACUGGAGCACGAACAGCUAGACCACGCCGCAGGAGCGCAGCUCGAAUUCCUGCGAGACCAGUUUUCGAAAGCCAGCCUCCGUCUCCAAGAUCAAAUUUGUCAGUGCGCGUCCCAGCCGGGGUCUCCACGUGCCGCUCGACGAGAUGACGACGACGACGGCGCUUCGGUCUCAUUCCGAAUCAACACAGAAGACGGCGAAAUGUCCCCUGUCCGGCAAGCAGCUGCGAGACUCUCCACGCUCGAAACAGACGCAAACGGUAGCGCCGUUGUUGCGGGGGUAAGUUGUACUUAUUUUUUACAUGGAGUCACUAAUGUUACCCGAGUUUGUCUACCAGGAAACACAUUUCAUGACUACGACUCCUUACUGCACUCUGUCUAAGUACAAGUAUUUCAAUUUCGUUCUCACUCUUAGUCUUAUAAUUGGCACACGAGUUAGAAUCACCUCAACCAUCUCCUCCACCGCCAGCCACACAAGUCUGCGGGGACGCAGUCCACAAGCACUGGGGAGCCCGUGUGGCUUGAGAUCGUGUGGAACGAGGGAUUCGGGGCAGCUGUGUUCUACUACGAUGUGCAAAGUCGAACGACGAAGUGGGAUCUACCUAAGGACGGCUCAGUGGCAAUGAACCUCUUCUCCCUUGAGCGGUUAGUCACGGAUUUUGUCGACUUGGUAGGAGAGCUCUGCAAAGCUGUCGAGUCCGGUUAUCUAGCGACCGGAUGUUCUCCCAAGAACGGGUGCAGCGCCUUCGCCUAUUCCUCAGCCGCAAGUCCCAGCGCUGUCCCCUGUGCGAUCUCGGAGUAUGCUUUUCCUGCAAGUCGCAGCGCUGCAAGAGGAAAUGUGGGAGGUGGAGUUUUCAACAUGGGUAAAGUUGGGGAUCAGUCAACUUCCGCUCGAGGUGGAAAUAACGGCACCGACACGUCUACUGCGUCGCCGUCGUCAACUGCAACUGGAAAUGUGAGUUUUCCAGGGAGCCGCGCCGCGAGCAAGGCAACUUCCGGUAGCGCGUUCUCGGGAAGCGGCCCUGGAGCGACCAAGUCGUCAUCCCGCAGUCGGAACCGCUCUGCAAAACCGGGAAAGAGCAAAGCCAAUGGCAAGAGCCACACUACCAAUUCUCCAGGCGAUCGGCAGAAUCCUGCGCAGGAAACAAGAUUUGGAGGUCGCGAGGGCGUUGGAAGCGACGCGAUGAAGACCUUCGCGAACCGGCCGCUGGCCGCUGUGAGCUUUCACCCCUUUCCGCAUUCAAAGGAGAAGCGACCUCGGUCAGAGUCUUCAGGUGGCGGCGGAUCUGCGUCGUCUAGCGGAACAUCUUCUGGCCGCCUAAUGCGAUCGAACACGCACCAACCUAGAGCGGGUGGUGGAAUGGAGCGACCGCAGUACUCGCGCGCACACACAGUUGACGUGAAUGUCUUUGGCGGUGCAGGAGGAGCGUCGAAUGACACCACCGCCGAAGACGCCGGCCGAGAUGAGCGCAGCGGUAGAUCCGAUCAUGCUAGUUCGGGAGCGCAAAAGCCCUCUCCUCAAAGCGGCGCAUCAUUCGGCGGAAAUCUGCGGAUACCGGGAAUACAGCGGAGCGCAGGAGAUGGCAAUUCUACGCAGCGAUCCCACGGUCUCCGCGGAGAAAUAUUAGACGAGGAUGGAGCGGUUGUCAACAGAUCGCUGUUGUGGCUUCGUCGGAAGAGAGCACAGACGGCCGAGGAGGAGGAAGAGGAUGACGCGGAUAGUAUGGCGAGGGCCCCACCGGGUCUCCUGCCUUGGAAGACAUUUUUCGCAGGUUCAGUGGUACUUGUGGCAGUCUGGGCCGUGGGACUGACAUGGUCAAUCUCUAUCAUGCUCUUCAAACGAAACGUGCCAGGCGGGCGUGACCCCACGCUCUAUUUCCGCAGUCGAGGGCAAAGUGUGCCUUUCAAUGCCAAACGUUUUACCCAAGUGUUGUGCCAAUCAGAUCCACACACUGGUGCGAUCGGAGAGGAGGCUGAGGAAUUCUUUCCGAGGAGCAACGUGUCAGACUUAGAAGAAGGAAGCGAUGAUGCCAACCCUCGAGAGGAAACAAAACACGCUUCGAAAAGGACAAGCUCAACAUGGAGCGACUUCGCUGGUGAUGUGUGGAAGCAGUGCUGCAGUUCGGAUGAGGCUUUACGACCGUGCAGCACGGCAGACUCCUACGAGUACGACGCCAGAAGAGCAGGCACUGGUUUAUUAAACACGAAUCAUCUGCGAGCCAGCAAACUCGCAGCUUUCGAUGAUCGCGUCGACCACAGAGAACACAAUGCUGUUUCUGAACAAUCCGAUUCAGUACCUAACGGCAGUGCUACAAAUUUACCGAAAUCGUCGUUGUUUGCACCAGACGCUGCUCCGGUCGUUUCUUACGUCUCAGCAGGCUGCAAAAUGCUCCUCAAAGUGAGCGAGAAAGAGAACCAAGAUCCUCCGUCUUCGACUUCAUCUGACAAAGAAGUUGCGGGACAACAUUCUCGCAGCAUGUUGGUACACCGCCUCUACCAGACCCGUGUGCGACAGAGUUUGCGCAUACGAAAAAAUAGUCGCGGAUUUUUCCGUCCGAAUGGCUUUGCUUGCACCGCCACAGGAGCUGCGUCUUCAUCCAUUUUACAGGCCGAAAAUCAAGUAGAAUUUACUAGGUCUUCUAGCGCCAGCAGUAGAAGCUCGUCCCUCCAGGAGCAUACAGCAACCUUUGGAAAUAAGAUCAGCGUGUGCUACUUGUCGGAGACGUUUCAGGUACAUGAGAUCAGUCUCAGAGGAGCACUAGGAGCAGAUUCGAAAGAUAGAUCGCGCGAUGACUCCGACCAAGACUUCGCGAAAGUAAGUCGCACAUGCGCAUCGCGAUCACCAAUCGUCGACGUGUCUAUGACGCGCGAGAGACCUCUUGUCGUGCUCGAAGAGGGCCAAGAUUUUACUCCACUAUCUUCCGCCGAUCGCAGGGUGGCCUGUCCGGAGUUUGAAAGGUUUGCCGUUCCACGACUUGUUUCAGGAGGCGAAAAACAGGAGUACGAAAUGCAGUUUUUGCGCAGUGGCGGACUUGCUGCAGCAAUUGAUGCUGAGCACCAAAUUAGGCUUGAUCCGGAAACCGGUGUUGCGACAGUUUAUCGCGUACUAUCAUCUUCCUCGAGCAACAGUAGAGACCCGGAACAAGAUAGUACACCUAGUACUCCAGCAACUGCCGUGUCUCUGAUUCCUCGCUUCGAGACUGUAGAGGAUCGGCCAUAUCGUUCCAUUGCUGUGCUCGGGAAACGUUAUGUCGUAGGUUUGCGAGAUGACAACGCUUCAAUAAUAGAUCUGAUCCUCGACCUGCGAGCCGGCGUUGAGCCGAUCGAGACAUUGGCGUGGCAGCUACCCGCUGGAGCGCCGUGGCUGGCGAUUAGCGCCUGCCCGGACAACAGUGUUUCGGAUGCGAGGGGGGGUGAUCCAGAGAUAGUAGAUGAGUUGCUCUGUGUUGUCAACAUAGAAAAUGUCAUCAUCGUAGACUUGUCUGUGCGCGCCGCAGAGGACCUGCACCAAAGCCAUAUCGAGGUCGAAAAAGUUGAGGCUCUGCACCACUCCAAAACAACUACGCUUCAUGCGGAAGGAAACGGCGGUGUGUUUUUAUCGAAGCUCAUGGGCACUAGACAGGCACCUACCUCUAGAUCCGAUGAUUCCAGUCGCAUUGUACCAAACGAAAGAGAGGAGGUGUAUAUAUAGCUGCAGGAAAAUCAUUAUUGCUGCGACAGCAAAAUUUUGAAUUUUUGAUCAAGAAUGAGAAUCAAUCUCCAUAUGUAAAAAUAAAAUACGAAACGUCUGCAUCACAUCCACAAAAAGUAAUCCAGAUCGUGUACUUAUGAUUCUCUACUUGGUACACUUUUUAGCUCGAUCUACCACAUCGCUGACUUCAUUAAUGCCAUUCAUUGCGCUCGGAGUUUUAAAAUUUCAAGCGAGGCCGCAUAUCAAUUCUGACUGACGCAUUCUAAAUCUGUGUAGUAAAUCCGAGCGCCGACGCCGUUAAGGUUAACUGGUCGUUUAGUCUUUUCGAUCAUAGUACGUCAUUGUAAUAAAACACCGUGUGAGAUAGUUUCACUCGUCGUGUCAUAAGAAUUCAAUUUUCCAACCAUUCCCUUAUGCCUAAUUUUCCCAUAUUGCAGUAUAUCACUAGCCCACUGGUAUCGAUGACUUCUCUCGAGCACCGUCACCGUGGAAGCUCUUCAUCGUGCACCAUUCAAAAUCCAACAAAAAUCAUGGAUGGGCUUUGCUUCAGGUCAUGAUACGAAUACUUACUGUGAUUCGUGCUCUUACACCAAUUACAUGGACAUUCUUAGCAUUACAGCUAAUUCAUACAUAAUUAUCACUUGUCGAAGCGACAAGCUCCUAGUUCAACACGAAAGACAUGUCAUGAAAUCUUUAGAUCCGAUUUCUUUUCGGGAUGGCGAAUCAACAUGCAAGUAAAUACUUUGGACUUGGGGAAAUGUACGCGUAAAAGCACCCGUAAGAGGUGCACUAGUUACGAAGGAAUCGCAGACAUGCCGUUUGCGGACAAUGCCAAACAUUGUUUUUCCGAUGAUCAUGAUCAUACUUUGUUUUCAAUCCACUCGACUCCCUGGAGACUGAAAAGGCUCAGAGAAAUUUAUACUUUUCGGCGAUCUACUCAACUCGUGGUCGUCUUUGCUUGAUCACAACUAAUCACAAAC